AUGAGCCCCGUCUCUGAACCCCAGUUCGCCCAAUCCCACCCCAACGACUCUCACACGACGCUCGCCCGCCGGUUCUCGUUCCCGACUUUCAGCGGCACGACCCCGCACGAGUCGCUCUACAUCGUCGUCAUUGCCGCCGCGGGCGCUCUGCUGUUGUUCGUGCUUAUCGCGGUGUACUGUUGUUGUCGCCGCCGCCGCAAGAAGAAGAAGCAGGCGCUCAUGGUGCGCAGCUCGGUCUUGUUCAAUGCGACGAAUAUUAUCAAGGCAAAGCAGGGCGAGCAUGAUAGCCAGGUAUAUGAGCGCAAUGCUGCAAAGGAGCAGGAGGAGCAGGAGAGAGAGCGUGAGAUGGAGAUAGAGAUGAAGCGGGAAUUGAAGAAGGAGACGGAGGCUCCAGAGCAGCGAAAGUCUGCUGGAAGGUUUGGCUCGGGGUAUGGGAGCGCACGGGGACGGGUGGAGGUGGAGGUGCUGGUGUAUCAGGGGCAGCAGCGUCGCAUUACCCAGCCGAGUCCACCUCCGUUUGCCAGCUACAAUACCCCCGCCCGAAGCGAGCCAAUCUCGCCCCUGCCAAAGGCUGCCAUUCGUCCAGAUCUCGUCAUGCGGCACAGUGGGUCGCCCGUGCAGGGAGUGCCGACCAGCCGCCCCCGUGUCGUCGAGCCUGCGUCGCCGGCAUCGGCCUACACGCACCAAUCUGCCGUGUUCGAGAUGCAGCAACGGCAGGCUCCCGUCAACUUUGGCGACUACGAGAUCGCCGAGCCCGAGCCGCCCACGCCGACGUCGAUGUUCUCAGCGCCGUCCAUCUACUCCUCCGCCCCGCCCACACCCGUCGACUUCGACCCGUCGUCCGCGUUCGGGUUCACACAGAGCUCCCGCGCGAGCGUCACCUCCGGCAAACACGCCUCUCUCGCUCCCAGCACUGGCAGACGCGCGUCCAGCAAACGCGCCUCCCGAUCCUCUCGCGCCUCCCGCGCGCCGUACAUCGCGCAGCAGAGCUUCACGCCCGCGUCCGGGCGCCCCGAAGAGCUGUCCGUCUCACAGGGCGAGCGGCUCGCUGUGCUGCAGACGUUCGCGGACGGCUGGUUCCUUGUCGCCCGCAGCGGCGGUGGCGGCGGUGUCCGGCGCUCGCUGCUCAACGCCAUCUUCCCCAUGCCCGACUCGGAUCCAAACGCCGUUUCGAACGCGCCGCCGGGGCCCCAGCCGCAAGAAGCGCGGUACGGCUUCGUGCCUGAGUGGGUGUUCCUUAGGUCCGCGAAGGGGCUGCGUGCGGAGCGUCCCGAGCGCGUGGAGAGCGCGAGCGAGGCGGCGUUCGAGGCGCUCAGGCGCGCGGAGGACCCGGGGCAUGCGACGCUACGGGUGACAGCAGCAGUGUAG